AUGUACUGCGAGACGUCGGCUUUGCCGUGGUCCGGGGUCGCGAAGGGACUGAGCCAAGACACGGAGAACGGGUGCCCGAAGACCACCUUCAGACACAGACUCUACAGACACAGACUCCACAGACACAGACUCUACAGACACUACAGACUCUACAGACACAGACUCUACAGACACAGACUCCACAGACACAGACUCUACAGACACAGACUCCACAGACACAGACUCUACAGACACAGACUCCACAGACUCUACAGACACAGACUCUACAGACACAGACUCCACAGACACAGGCCCUACAGACACAGGACCUACAGACACAGACUCUACAGACACAGACUCUACAGACACAGACUCUACAGACACAGACUCUACAGACAGACUCUACAGACACAGACUCUACAGACACAGACUCUACAGACACAGACUCUACAGACACAGACUCUACAGACACAGACUCUACAGACACAGACUCUACAGACACAGACUCUACAGACACAGACUCCACAGACACAGACUCUACAGACACAGACUCUACAGACACAGACUCUACAGACACAGACUCUACAGACACAGACUCCACAGAGACAGACUCCACAGACACAGACUCCACAGACACAGACUCCACAGACACAGACUCCACAGACACAGACUCUACAGACACAGACUCUACAGACACAGACUCUACAGACACAGACUCCACAGACACAGACUCCACAGACACAGACUCCACAGACACAGACUCCACAGACACAGACUCUACAGACAGACUCCACAGACACAGACUCCACAGACACAGACUCCACAGACACAGACUCCACAGACACAGACUCUACAGACACAGACUCCACAGACACAGACUCCACAGACACAGACUCUACAGACACAGACUCCACAGACACAGACUCCACAGACACAGACUCCACAGACACAGACUCCACAGACACAGACUCCACAGACACAGACUCCACAGACACAGACUCCACAGACACAGACUCCACAGACACAGACUCCACAGACACAGACUCCACAGACUCCACAGACACAGACUCUACAGACACAGACUCUACAGACUCUACAGACACAGACUCCACAGACACAGACUCCACAGACACAGACUCUACAGACACAGACUCCACAGACACAGGCUCUACAGACACAGACUCUACAGACACAGACUCUACAGACACAGACUCAACAGACACAGACUCCACAGACACAGACUCCACAGACACAGACUCCACAGACACAGACUCCACAGACACAGACUCUACAGACAGACUCCACAGACACAGACUCCACAGACACAGACUCUACAGACACAGACUCUACAGACACAGACUCCACAGACACAGACUCCACAGACACAGACUCCACAGACACAGACCCUACAGACACAGACUCCACAGACACAGACUCCACAGACACAGACUCCACAGACACAGACUCUACAGACUCUACAGACACAGACUCCACAGACACAGACUCCACAGACAGACUCUACAGACACAGACUCCACAGACACAGACUCUACAGACACAGACUCCACAGACACAGACUCUACAGACACAGACUCCACAGACACAGACUCCACAGACACAGACUCUACAGACACAGACUCUACAGACUCCACAGACAGACUCUACAGACACAGACUCCACAGACACAGACUCUACAGACACAGACUCCACAGACACAGACUCCACAGACACAGACUCCACAGACACAGACUCCACAGACACAGACUCCACAGACACAGACUCCACAGACACAGACUCCACAGACACAGACUCUACAGACACAGACUCCACAGACACAGACUCUACAGACACAGACUCCACAGACACAGACUCCACAGACACAGACUCCACAGACACAGACUCCACAGACACAGACUCACCGUCUCGUCGGAGCAGAUGGAGUGGACCUGAGUCCCAAACAUGA